GCCUCGUCUUCUUCAAUUUUGUUGUUUCACUUCUUCACCCAAAAAAAAAAAAAAAACAACCCUCAAGCACUAUCAGCUUCACAGUUCUCGCCGGAGCACUCGCCCCUCGCCGCGACCACGCCGCCAUACAGAGAAGCAUGGAGCAGAGGCUAGCUAACAGUUGGCGAAUGACAGUUAACGAGAAGAAAUUCAUCGAAACCGCGCUGCUAUCGGAGCUCCGAGUCGACGGUCGCGGCCCCUUGGAGUAUCGCAGACUCACCAUCAAGUUCGGGAAGGAUGAUGGCUCAGCCAUGGUGCAAUUGGGGGAAACACGCGUGAUGAGUUUCGUCACUGCUCAGCUUGUUCAGCCUUACAGAGAUAGACCCAAUGAAGGCUCGCUUUCUAUCUUCACUGAGUUCUCUCCCAUGGCUGAUCCUUCCUUCGAGCCUGGCCGUCCCGGAGAGUCUGCCGUUGAGUUAGGCCGCGUUAUUGAUCGUGGUUUGAGAGAAAGCAGAGCUGUUGACACUGAAUCGCUAUGUGUUCUUUCUGGCCAGCUUGUUUGGGCUGUUCGGAUUGAUAUCCAUAUACUGGACAAUGCAGGAAAUCUUGUUGAUGCUGCAAAUGUUGCUGCUUUGGCUUCUCUGUCGACAUUCCGAAGGCCUGAAUGUUCAUUAGGGGGAGAAGAUGGUCAGAAAGUUGUGGUGCAUCCUCCUGAGGUGCGCGAUCCGCUCCCGUUGAUUAUACAUCAUCUUCCUAUUGCAGUUACCUUUGGAUUUUUCAGUGAUGAAUAUCUUGUGAUUAUGGAUCCGACAUACCAGGAAGAGUCUGUAAUGACUGGACGUAUGACUGCCACAGUUAAUGCAAAUGGUGAUGUUUGUGCCAUUCAAAAAGCUGGAGGACAGGGAGUGCUUCAGAAGCUUAUCAUGCACUGCCUGAGACUUGCUCAUGUUAAAGCUGGCGAUAUUACAACCAAGAUAAAAGAGGCAGUUGAAAAACACAACACUGAAAGGGCACUACGCAAGAUUAAACGCCAUUCUUCUGUUUCCGUAGAUGUAUGUGGAACCACUGCCAGGUUAGGGGAGAAACAAAACCCAUUAGAUGGUGAUAAAGAUGGUAGCUGUUUAGACCAAUUGAAGCUGAAAGAUGAGGGGAAUUUUAUGGAAUGUGAAGCCACACCAUCAGGACAUGUACAAAGUAGCCAGGGGGAUGGAGUAUCGAAGAAUUUUACCGGUGGCCCAUCUAGUUGGGAUCCCUACUCGGAGUGUGUCAAUUCAGAUCUUCUAAAAGCUUCUCUAGCUUCACGUGCAGGACCAUCAGGAAAUGUUAAACAAAAGGAUUCAGGAUCGGCACCAAAGCCGGAGGAGGCACCACAGGAAAUCAAGAAAGAUUCUUCACCAAUUGACACAGCUCUAGCUGCUGAGCAGAACAAUGAAGGUAAGACUCUAAAGGAUGCCGUCAAGCCCAAGAACAGAAGAAAAAAAAGAGCACCUACCAAUAGUGGAAAUUAAGUAGUUAAACGGGUUGUUGUCAGAGGUAUUACUACUGACCAUGUAUGUUAUCUAAAGAGUGGAAAUUAAGUAGUUAAACGGGUCAUUGUCAGUUGAGGUAUUGCAACUGACCAUGUAUGUUAUCUAAAGAGUCUCUACUUGACCAAAAAAAGAAACUGUACUUUUUUUCUGGAAUCCUUUUUAUGUCGUAGACAGGAUGCUGUAAAAAUCUGAGGGACAAUGAAGGAGUCUCAUUAGUUUUUGCGUGGCAGAAAGUGGUACUUGACAAUAGUGAAAAUCAUUAUGAAUUGUUUCUGUAAUUCUUUCGGCCUUUAAAAUAGUUCCACAUUUUUUCCCUCAUCA